UGCCCGGGCCUGGUUCCCUGUCCCGUGCGGGGCGCGGGGGGAUGAGCAGCGGGCUGGUGGACGCAGCGGUGUUGGCACCGCUCAAACCCGUCAGCAUGUCCGGGGAGCCCAGCGAGGACACCCCGGUCUUCGAGGACAUCAAAGGCCCCUCACGGCCCCUGGAGACCCCUCCCGAGCUGGCGCAGCUGCACCCCAUGAGGAUGGACCAGCGGAUGCCACCGCUCAUCCUGGAGGCACGCUCGGAGAUGGACAAGUACCUGUCCAGCGAGGUGCCGCCCAUGCCCAUGCUCCCGGACAAGAAGUACCGCCGGGAGAGCGCCUCGGUGGUGGACGAGUUCUUCUCCACAGAGAAACCCAGCUCAGCUCCCUACAGCGUGAACAUCAACGUCAUCCUGCCCGACACCACCCACCUGCGCACGGGGCUCUACCGGCCCCCCAAGCCCGUGGCCCCCUUCCCGCAGAUCAAAUCUGAGCCCGGCACCGCCUUCUCCCAGCCCUGCUCGUCCUCCUCCGGCCCCACGCAGACCCUGCCCGACUUCACCAGCGUGUUCAGCAUGCCCCAGUCGGUGGCGGUCAACAACAUCUUCAUCAAGCAGGAGAUGCCUGCUGAGAUCCCGCUGUCGGCCCACCCGCAGCAACCCCAGCUCUUCCAGCUGCCCCUGGGCGCCGCCAGCGCCGACAUUCCCACCCUGGCCUCCUCCUCCAGCAGCACCACGGCCAUCAGCUGCCUCAGCGGGGUCACCAUGUCCACGGGCUCGGUGGCCAGCGUGGCGCACAGGCCCGUGCAGCCAGCGGGGCCCCUCAAGCAGUACCCGCACGUGGCCCAGGGACAGGGCGGCUUUGGGAACAUCUCCGGGCAGUUCUACCCCGCCCCGGGGGUGACUCUGCCCCCCUCGCCCCCCAACUCACAGCCUGGCAGCCCCGAGAACCAGCCCGAGCUCAUCAACACCAUCUCUCCGCCGCCCUCCUACGAGGCCACCUUCGGACUGAAGCUGGUGCAGUCGGCCCCGAUGCCCCCAGGGCCCAACGGCGUCGGGGGCCUCUCCCAGGGCCACGUGGUGAUGCAGCCCCCCAAGUACAACCGGCGCAACAACCCCGAGCUGGAGAAGAGGAGGAUCCACCACUGUGACUACCCAGGUUGCUCAAAGGUUUACACCAAGAGCUCCCACCUGAAGGCACAUCAGAGGACUCACACAGGUGAGAAGCCCUACAAGUGCACGUGGGAGGGCUGUGACUGGCGCUUCGCCCGCUCCGACGAGCUCACCCGGCACUACCGCAAGCACACGGGCGCCAAGCCCUUCAAGUGCAUGGCGUGCGGCCGCUGCUUCUCCCGCUCCGACCACCUGGCCCUGCACAUGAAGAGGCACCAGAAUUAGGAGCUGCCUCCCUUCCCACUUCUCCGAGAGCAGCUCCAACUCUUCCCUUCUCCCAGGGAAGGAUCUGUACAUAGGAAUGGCCCCGCGCCGCCGUGGCCCAGGCGGCAGCAGAGCCCGGCCAGCCUGGCCCCGACGUGUCUGGUUUUACCAGAGACUGGAGCCCCCAGCCCAC